AUGGCGUGCUCGCUUUUCUCCACCAGCACCGUGCUUUUCCCCCUCUCUCUUCUUCUUCUCUGUAAGCGUCCAAGCACCACAAACAACACCACCGCUGCCCCGCCAUGGCGCCGACGCUUUAGACCACCCCCCGCCGUUCUGAGGGCACGGAAAGAUGCGCCUCGUCGUCCUCUCCAUCUCCGUCCAAGGAAUCGAACCGGAACUCUUCCAAUCGUCGCCAUCUUCGCCGAUUCCGUCCCGACCACCGGCGGCGUUUUCUUCAAUUUCGGCCGUCUCCGACCUCCUCUCCCGUUUCCGAGCGCACCAUCGCGUUCCUGGUCCUCGACGCCGACCAACCUCUCGGUGGUUCCCCGGGCUCCACGCUGCCCGUUCCUGGUCUGCAGCGACAGGGCGCAUGUCCCGCGCCUAAUACCCCACCCCGCUUCGCCCGUCUCUCCCGUACUCGACAUCGCCGUUCUUCUCCGCCAUGGUCGUUCUUCAAGUCCGUCCUGUGGUACAUCAAGUAGUAGUGCUACUACUACUGUUCAUCGAUCCACAGCUAGCCUAACUGAUCCGCUGGUGGGCCUCAGCCCAGAUUCUUCCCGCAGCAGUGCAUCGCCCGCGCGGCCCAGUUUUUCCCGUCGCCAACGCAGACCAAAUCCGGCCCAGGACCACGCAGCAUUUGCUUCUUCCCGGAUAGGAUCACGAAGUGGUGAUGUGAGAUACGAUGAGUUCUCCGACAAGUUCUUCUGCAGCUUUUCACAGGUACAAGAUGACGACGUUAGCAAGGUUACCCUUCCGGCUUGGCCUGGGCAGGGUUAUGGACGCCACUGGUUAUCUUCAGGACUCUUAGUCCAAUUUGUAUCUUGUCCGUACUCGGACGUAUUCGAUCUUCUGUAUGAUUUGGAUCUCUGUAUUGUAUAUUUGUAUCUUGACUCGUUGGAGUCGUUGUUGUAUAUAUGUAUCUUGUGGGCUCUAUUGUAAUCCUGUUGUAAUGUUA